AUGUUCCGUCGGUCCUUCAACUUCUCCCCAGAUCGCGAACGUACGACCAUCAACGACCUCCCCGAUGAAUUGCUGCUCAACAUUGGCGCGCACUUCACAAAUCUAAAUCGCAAUCGGGAUCUUAGAAAUCUCGCGCUUACAUCCAAGAAAUGGAAGCCUAUUGCGCAGGAAUGGCUGCUCAUAGAAUCGAGGUUCAAUCUCACUUUCAUUGAUGGGUACAUGUGGGAGAUGGGUCAUCGGUCGCACUUGCUGUCGCGCGUCAAGAAGUUGGAAAUCUGGAGUCGCAGUGAAGGAAGAACUUCAAAGACAAGACAUGUUAAUCGCAUCGGAGUAUACGUAUACCUUACCGACGUCAUCUAUAACCCGACCCCCGCUCCAGAUCACAUAACACAGCAAGCCGAAUUCAUGGAAAUAUGCAAGACCGUGAUCCAGCAUUACGCCGCCAACAAGCGACACGCGAAGGACUGGAUCAACUCUAUCACGACAGACGUCGUUGCCGCACUAUUUGGCGUUCUUCUCUGCGUACUCCCCAACCUACGUGAGUUGAACGUCAGCGACGCGUGGCUAAUGGAUUCUCCUUUCUUCGCCAACACACGUUCUUCGUCCGCCAUCGCGAACCCUCCACAUCCAUGGUUGUGGAGACACAGCUUCCUCAGUGGCGCGCUCGCAGCCACACUACCUCGUUUAACAGUGCUCGAGGAACACCCAACGCCAACCCGAGAGAUCUUUCCGAGGACACUGGAAACAUUACGUAUCAGCGAAGCGACGCAUAUCACAGCUAAUUUCCUCAACGAUCUCUGUCUCGCCAAGAAAGCCUCCUGCUUUCCCAACUUGAAGCGGGUGGAAGCUUACCACAUUGAAUAUCUAGAGAAUACCAGGGCUCGUGCCGAUCUAGCAAGAUGCCUAGACCCAAUAGACGAUGUGCGCGCCAUGUUCCGCGAUGCUGAGGUUGCGGUGUAUCUCUAUUUUCCACCCUGGACCAUGAAGACGUGGGAGUCAGAAAGUGGCACGCCGUGGAGAAUGAAGACUGAGCCGGAUAGGCUACGUCGUGGAGAAUAUACAUGUUAUCGGAAAGCUAUGGGUCCCUUUGGAAUACAUCAGGAACCGAUGGAUAGGAUUGAGAUUGAGUGGGAUGCCGAGGGAGACGCGGUCAUGCUCUAGGGUAGAGUGUACAUGUUUAUGGCAAUGAAUGGAAUGUAGAUUAGUGUCAGACACUGGGGUUUUAGAUUUUGCUCAGGAAGCAUCACUGUACAGUAUCGAUUCGAGCGUUGGAAAAUACAAGAAAGCAACUGCGGUCUGGAUCAUGUGUAGAAUUGGCACGAGGUGGUUACACCCAGAAAAGUUUUCAAUCCUGAUGAGGGCAUACUAAUAAGCUAGGAAAAUGAGGUGAAAUCAGAUAUAUCAGGCGGCGUUUUACCCCUCCCCCAUCCAAGUCGAAACCCAAACCAGUAUAGCCUGCCCCGCAAUCUCAACGCGUGCGGCUGAUACCCACAUAGCUCUUUCCUCGUCGUGUCAAAUUGCUAGCUGUCCCUUCGAUCAUUCAUGGUCGGCACAGCGUUAGGCUGCAUCUA